CAGCAGAGGCUGCUGGGGGCUAUGUUCACAGCACAUGCCACACAGGCUUCCUCAGGUAGCCUUUUUCUUGCCUGUUUACUUAAGCUGAUUUGUUUAUCGCAAAGGAAAGUAGAGUCACUGUGCACUGUUCUUUAUAAUGAUUUGCCUCAGCUGAAGGCAGUUUAGUUUGACAAAAAAGAUGGGUGAUUGAUCAAGUUAGGCCAGACAUUGUCCUAAAGGAAACACUUCUCCUGUAGCAAAAGACUGCUUGAUCUGUCUCAGUGCUCCUUUUUUACCUUUGACCAGGUACCAGCUGGAAGAUGAGUCUGCCCAUUUGGAUGAAAUGCCACUGAUGAUGUCUGAAGAAGGCUUUGAGAAUGAUGAAAGUGACUACCACACGUUACCGCGGGCUAGGAUGAUGCAAAGAAAAAGAGGACUGGAAUGGCUCGUCUGUGGUGGAUGGAAAUGCCUCUGUACUAGUUGCUGUGAUUGGCUGAUGAAUAUCUGUCAAACGAAGAAAGAACUGAAAGCUCGCACAGUAUGGCUCGGGUGUCCUGAAAAGUGUGAAGAAAAACAUCCCAGGAAUUCUAUAAAGAAUCAAAAAUACAAUAUAUUCACCUUCAUACCUGGGGUGCUGUAUGAACAAUUCAAGUUUUUCUUGAAUCUCUAUUUUCUGGUAGUAUCCUGCUCGCAGUUUGUACCAGCAUUGAAAAUAGGCUAUCUCUACACCUACUGGGCUCCUCUGGGAUUUGUCUUAGCUGUUACUCUCACUCGGGAAGCAAUUGAUGAAUUUCGUCGUUUUCAGCGAGACAAGGAGAUGAAUUCACAACUAUACAGCAAGCUUACAGUAAGAGGUAAAGUGCAAGUUAAGAGUUCAGACAUACAAGUUGGAGACCUCAUCAUAGUGGAAAAGAAUCAAAGAAUUCCGUCAGACAUGGUGUUUCUUAGGACUUCAGAAAAAGCAGGUUCGUGUUUUAUUCGAACUGAUCAACUAGAUGGUGAGACCGACUGGAAGCUGAAAGUGGCAGUAAGCUGCACGCAACGGCUACCGGCUCUGGGGGACCUUUUUUCUAUCAAUGCUUAUGUUUAUGCUCAAAAGCCACAACUGGAUAUUCAUAGUUUUGAAGGCACGUUUACCAGGGAAGACAGCGACCCACCCAUUCAUGAAAGUCUCAGCAUAGAGAACACGUUGUGGGCAAGCACCGUUGUGGCAUCAGGUACUGUAAUAGGUGUUGUCAUUUAUACUGGAAAAGAGACUCGAAGUGUAAUGAACACAUCCAAUCCAAAAAACAAGGUUGGACUGUUGGACCUUGAACUCAAUCGGCUGACAAAGGCUCUGUUUGUGGCUUUAGUUGCUCUUUCAGUUGUUAUGGUAACCUUGCAAGGAUUUGUAGGCCCGUGGUACCGCAAUCUUUUCCGGUUCCUUCUUCUCUUUUCCUACAUCAUUCCCGUAAGCUUGCGUGUGAACUUGGACAUGGGCAAAGCAGCAUAUGGAUGGAUGAUUAUGAAAGACGAGAAUAUUCCUGGCACAGUCGUUCGGACCAGCACUAUACCAGAGGAACUGGGGCGCCUAGUAUAUUUAUUGACAGACAAAACAGGAACCCUCACCCAGAAUGAAAUGAUAUUUAAGCGGCUCCAUCUGGGCACUGUGUCCUAUGGAACAGACACCAUGGAUGAAAUCCAAAGCCAUAUCAUAAAUUCUUAUUCACAGAUGCAUUCUCAAGCUAGUGGAAACACCGCCAGUUCAACUCUACCCAGAAAAGCCCAAUCUUCAGCCCCCAAAGUUAGAAAAAGUGUCAGCAGUCGAAUCCAUGAGGCAGUGAAAGCUAUUGCACUGUGUCACAACGUGACCCCCGUGUAUGAGCCUCGGGCCAGCGUUGGCGGGGAGACAGAGUUUGCUGAAGCUGACCAGGACUUGAGUGAUGAGAACCGCACCUACCAGGCCUCCAGCCCCGACGAGGUUGCCCUGGUGCAGUGGACAGAGAGUGUGGGCCUCACCCUGGUCAGCAGGGACCUCACCUCCAUGCAGCUGAAGACCCCCAGUGGCCACAUCCUGACCUACUGCAUCCUGCAGAUGUUCCCCUUCACAUCCGAAAGCAAGCGGAUGGGCAUCAUCGUCAGGGACGAGGCCACGGCAGAAAUCACAUUCUACAUGAAAGGUGCUGACAUUGUCAUGUCCACCAUCGUCCAGUACAACGACUGGCUGGAAGAGGAGUGUGGAAACAUGGCGCGUGAAGGGCUGCGGACCCUCGUGGUGGCAAAGAGGAUGCUCACAGAAGAGCAGUACCAGGACUUUGAGAGCCGGUACAGUCAAGCCAAGCUGAGUCUGCACGACAGGGCGCUCAAGGUGGCCGCAGUGGUGGAGAGUCUGGAGCGGGAGAUGGAGCUACUGUGCCUCACUGGGGUGGAGGACCAGCUGCAGGCCGACGUGCGGCCCACGCUGGAGCUGCUGCGCAACGCGGGUGUCAAGAUAUGGAUGCUAACGGGAGACAAGCUCGAGACAGCUACUUGCAUUGCCAAGAGUUCACACUUGGUGUCCAGAACACAAGACAUUCAUAUUUUCAGACCAGUAACCAGUCGGGGAGAGGCCCACUUGGAGCUCAAUGCCUUUAGAAGGAAGCACGACUGUGCACUGGUCAUAUCUGGGGACUCUCUAGAGGUCUGUUUAAGAUACUACGAGCACGAGUUUGUGGAGCUGGCCUGCCAGUGCCCUGCUGUGGUGUGCUGCCGCUGCUCACCCACCCAAAAGGCCCACAUCGUGAAGCUGCUGCAGCAGCACACAGGGAGGCGGACCUGCGCCAUCGGUGAUGGAGGAAAUGAUGUGAGCAUGAUUCAGGCAGCAGACUGUGGAAUUGGGAUUGAAGGAAAGGAGGGGAAGCAGGCCUCACUGGCGGCCGACUUCUCUCUCACACAGUUCCGACACGUUGGCCGGCUGCUUGUGGUGCACGGGCGGAGCAGCUACAAGAGGUCCGCCGCACUGGGCCAGUUUGUGAUGCACCGGGGCCUUAUCAUCUCCACUAUGCAGGCUGUGUUUUCUUCAGUCUUCUACUUUGCGUCUGUCCCUUUGUACCAGGGAUUCCUCAUGGUCGGGUAUGCAACUAUAUACACUAUGUUCCCAGUGUUCUCCUUAGUGCUGGAUCAAGAUGUGAAGCCAGAGAUGGCGCUGCUAUACCCAGAGCUGUACAAGGACCUCACCAAG